GAAAUCGCUUCUCUUGAGUGGCCAUCGCAUUUCAACGAGCACACGGGGGAAUUUAUGUCCUUCACUUUCAGUGAAAUCGAUCGAAACCAGCAGCAGAAAAAUGAGGCGAAGACCUGGAAUCGGUGGUCUGCAGACUGCAGCAGCUGCUAGGGAUCAGUAUCGGUUGCUUGGGGAAAAUGUCGCCAAGAUUAGAACCGAUCUGAUGAAGGAACAGCUCACCACGUUUCGAUCUCAUUUAGAGGAAUUUGCUCGUAAACACAAGAAUGACAUUCGCAAGAACCCUGCAUUCAGAUCACAGUUCCACGAGAUGUGUUCUAAAGUAGGAGUAGAUCCCUUAGCAUCAAAUAAGGGUUUCUGGGCAGAGUUGUUAGGAAUUGGCGACUUCUAUUAUGAACUGGGGGUGCAAAUUGUUGACAUUUGCUUGGCAACCCGACCCCACAAUGGAGGUUUGAUCAACUUGCAUGAACUCUGUAAUCUGCUUUGUCAAAGACGAAAGAGUGCCCGCGAUGCUGUGACUGAGGAUGACUGCCUGCGUGCUAUAAGUAAGCUAAAGGUGUUAGGUGGUGGUUAUGAGGUGAUUUCUGUUGGAAAGAAAAAGCUUGUUCGAUCUGUUCCAACUGAACUGAACAAGGACCAUAAUGAAAUUUUAGAGCUGGCUCAGGCUCAUGGAUUUGUGACUGUUGAGGAGGUAGAAAGACAACUCUCUUGGUCCUCUGGACGUGCAAUCGAUGCCCUUGAAACUUUACUAGAGGCAAGCUUUUUUUCCCCUCCUAGAUUUCUUCAUUAUAGAAAAUUCAUUUGUUUAUUGUUAUUGUUUAUUUAUUUAUUGCGUUAUAUAUGGGUCUGGCUGGUAAGAUUGUGUUGGGUAAUGUAGGAGGGUCUUGCAAUGAUUGAUGAUGGUCAUAGAGAUGGCAAACGUCGGUAUUGGUUUCCCUGUGUGUCUUCCAUUUCUUCAUCUGUUGGAGUUGAUAUUCUCAAGAUUUGAUCUUUUAAUGAAGUUUUUUCCCCUCAUUGCACGUUUGUGGAAUGAUUAUAGAAAUGCCCAAGUGGGUGUCAGAAAAAAAGAGUAUCAUUCUUGUUUCCUACUUUUUUGUAAUAUAAUUGUUGUGAAUGAUAUGAAUGCAAACAUCUGGUCAUAUUUUUGAGAUGAUAUUGGCAGAAGAAAUAUAUUUUACUGCUUUUCUUCCUCUUCA